CUACAACAAGACUUACUUCGCUGUCUAUACUCUUUCGAUACUCUACAAAGCGCACACAAUGUCUUUUGAUUCAACCGAGGAGAAAACCAGAGGGUUCUCGCACCCGAUUUACUCAUCUCACAAAUUUAAAAUGUCGCAGCAACAACAGCACUAUCCUAGUCACAAUGCACCAGUACCGCCUCCAUAUCCUGGACAAUUCCAGCCAAUGCCACAAAACCCUCCAUAUGGAUACCCUCCCCAGCCGUACGCCGGCCAUCCACAACCAAUGAUGGGCAACCCCCAGUACCCUCCUCAGUCGCAUCACAUCCAAAGUUCGGUGCGCUCCCUGAAAAUCGAGUUCACUGGCUGGUCGUCGAGACACAUGGCCAUCGAUGAUGCCGGGCAAGGCUCGUCCCUCUAUACGGUCGACCUGCACAACCGAAACCCACAGAUGGAAUUCAAGAAUGCGGCAACGAACAAUACCAUCGCCACCGUGCAUAUGCGGGCUUUGAAGCCAGAAAUGGAUAUCAAGCUCCACGGUCGCGACAUUCGCCUCCGCGUCCACGGCUCCAUGAAACCCGAAACAUCGUAUCAUUCGCUGGCGUUCCCCAACAUGUCUUUUACAUGGAAGGUCACUAGCGCAUGGAAGUUCCUCGAUUUUGAAUGUGUGGACCAAAACAAGGUCACUGUAGCCAGGUUCAAUCCGGCUUCCUCUUUCUCCAUGCGCAAGUUCGGUCAAUUGGACAUUCUGAUCCCGCCAGCUACCAGUGGAGUCGCUAUGGAUGAACUGAUGGUCACGGGCGUGUGCUUUAUGUAUUACGAAUACUUGAAGCAUAUGCGAAACACCACUACCGCUGUUACUGCUUAAGAUAUGACUCUGUUGUGGUUGGUGAUCUUCGUUUGUUUUGGUUGUCAUCCGUGUUGUACCAUUUCUUUUUUUUUUUUUUCUUUCCUUCCUUUUU